AUGACUGAAUUCCUUGUUUGCUUUAAUUGGUGCAAUGGUGAACAGCCCCCGCCGAAGAGGCGUCGGAGACUGGACCGGAAUAUGAUAGGAGAGCCAAUGAACUUUGUACACACUGCGCAUGUUGGGGCAGGAGAAAUGAGCAGUGACUAUUCCUCAGCUGUAUCAAUUCAGGACCACAUGAAGUCUAAAGGUGGCUACACAAAUGGCACUUCUGCAACUGUUGAGAUAUAGGAAACUGAGCGAAGGCUGAAAUCUGCUCUGUCUUAUGAGGACCCCCUGGAUCGUGCUUUCAUAUUCUCGAAAACCUCUUUAUCGUGGAAUAGAGAGAAUGUUUGAAUUAUAAAUAGGUCAGUGCAAGCUUUGGUUUUCUUAGCACAAUAGCUUCUGAAGACGUUACUGUAAAUUAUCCUUAAAGUAGUCUGUCAUGGUAGUGGUGUAGUAGCAGCUAUAAUUUGUCACAGUGGAUGAUUUCCUAGUGGUGUCCCAAAAACCUCACAAAGUUGUUGUGUAGGAUGGAAUUGGGAGCCAGUAUGAAUCAUCUGGGGUUUUAGUCUCUGUCUUUCUCUUCCCUCAAUAAAUGCAGAGGUUGAUCUAAUUGGAAGGUAUCUUGUUUACGCUUCUUA